CCUCCCAGCUCGGGGUUGCAUCAUGCCUGGGAACUUUGCUCCAAUGAGACACUCGCUUUGUGCUCUGUGGAGGGAGCGACGCGCGCGCAGGGCUGCCGCCGCCACGACGGGAUUCAAACCCACGCAUCCACGGCGAUCACACGGACGGGAUCACCUGCGGAGAGCAGCGCCGCGUCUUUACGCUGGAUUUGCCCCCCCCGUGGACGUCGUGUACGCUGCUGCGGGCAUCUGGGAGGGAGACAGAGGACGGGACCCUUGGAGCCGAAACAGCAACAAUGGACUGCGUUUCCACGCGGAGCCCAGACUCGGAGCCGCGCCGCGCGCACGCGCGGGAUUCGAGCGAGUCCGACGCGGUCCGCGUUUGCGUGUCGCGUUCUUAGACGGCGUUUACCGCGCAGCCGGAGCCCGCGAUGCCCGCAAGGAACAGGUACAACCUGGUGGACGACGUGGCGGACUCCAGGGUGCCGCUGCACAACGAGGAGGCGUAUCAGCACGGGAUCCACUUCCAGGCGAAGUACGUGGGGAGUCUGGACGUGCCCCAGCCCAACAGUCGCAUGGAGAUCGUGGCAGCCAUGAGGAGAAUCAGGUAUGAAUUCAAGGCCAAGAACAUCAAGAAGAAGAAGGUCAGCAUCGUUGUGUCUGUGGACGGAGUGAAGGUGAUGAUGAGGAAAAAACAGAAGAGAAAAGAAUGGACAUGGGAUGAAAACAGGAUGCUAAUCAUGCACGACCCAAUAUACAGGAUUUUCUACGUCUCUCACGACUCCCAGGACCUGAAGAUCUUCAGCUACAUUGCAAGAGACGGCUCCAGCAACUCCUUCCGGUGUAACGUCUUCAAAUCGAAAAAGAAGACACAGGCCAUGCGCAUUGUGCGGACGGUGGGUCAGGCCUUUGAGGUGUGCCAUAAGCUCAGUCUGCAGCACGCGGAGCAGGAGGCCGACGGACGGGCGGACGGAGAGAGCGACAAGUCCACGGAGGAGCCCGGCAGUAAAGGUUGUACACCGUCCAGAACCGAUGGAGGGGCCGAGGAUGAGGAGAGCAGACGAGGAGGAGGACAAGGAGAAGACGCUCCCACCGGAGCAUCGCUGUGCGAAAAGGCCGUCAGUGAGAUCCUGCAGAGUCUGGCUGAACUGAACGUGGUCAAACCCGGACAGACCGUCAUAGACUUAAACCAGAGGUCCCUCUUCACCGUGACAUCACAGGGUGUCACUCCCAGCAGCCCUUGCUCCUCGGCUCUCACCCCGCUGGCGUCGCAGCACUACCUCCAGCUCCUCCAGCAGCAGCUGCAGCAGCAGCAGCAGCACACGCAGGUGGCCAUCGCUCAGGUGCAGCUGCUGAAGGAUCAGAUGGCAGCGGAGGCCGCCGCUCGUAUGGAGGCGCAGGCCCGCGUGCACCAGCUGCUGCUCCAGAACCGGGACCUGCUGCAGCACCUGGCCCUGCUCGUGCAGCAGCUGAAGGAGCUGGAGGCUCGCUCCCCGAAAGCGGCCAACAGACACAGCGCGCCGCUGCCGUGCAGCCCAGUUCCCACGUCGGCAAAGUCCCUGUCUCUGAACCUGAAGAACCACUACAGCCAGGCCCUGGAGCAGCUCAUCACCUCCACGUCCCUGUGGCAGAGCCAGAGCUCGCAGCUGGACCGCGCCGAGGCCUACCUCAACCUGCUCAACCUGGAGGCGCCGGCCAACGGGGACCUGGACCCGUUCGGACGGGCCGACGGGUCGGCGGGCGGCGCCGGGAGCUCCUGCGGCGAGGUCGUCCCGUUCACGCUGAGAAACGCGGCCAGCGUGGAUGAAAAGUGCAAACACAUGAUUCCCCGACUGGAUCCUCCUCCACCGUCCCUGAACCGCAAGCGCGCCAGCAGGACCCUGUCCCCGGGCUCCGACGCCCUGGCGCCGGCCACGCCCGGGGACCCGGCGGGCCCCGAGGCGGCGCCCAGCCGCAGCAGCAGCCUCUCCUUCCCGGACGUCACCCCCGGCUCCGUGUCCUCCGCCGACUUCCACUCGCUCAGCAACGGCGAGAGCAGCUCGUGCUCGGCCAGCGAGGACUCGGGCGUGCGCUCCGAGACCAAGUCGCUGCUGCUGUCGCCGCUGCGCGACGACGACGACGACCCCUUCGGGGACCGCGGGACGUUCCUGACGGCCUCCAGCGGCCGCGCCAGUCCGCUGGAGGACCGAGGCGAGGCCGCGCUCUCGCCCCCGGAGCCGCUCGUCCUUCCGCUGCCGGACAUGUGCGACCACCCGCUGCCCUUCUCGUCCCCCGUGAACGAUACCUGUCUUCACAUCAGCUUCUCUGAGGAUGAGCUGCUGGAGAGCGGCCAAGAAGACACUAAUGUCCCCCAGUGGAGUCAGGCCUGAGCUGAUGGUCCCCCGGAGGCCUCUCCCUGUGCUUUCCAAUUAACUAUAAAUGCAAUACUUACCGUCAGACCCUCCUAUGUUUGCACUGGGCUCCAUUUCGGGACCUUUAAUUUUUCCGGCCACUUGUGACACAGUUUAGACAUAGUUGAUGAAAAAUAAUAUUGUAUAAAUUAUUAGCCGAUAGACAUAUUUAGUAUUUUUGUAAUGAAAUGAAUGCUCGGGUUCACUUGUUAGUGUCUAGAAUGUUGAGCAGAGUCCAUGUAGCAACUGAUGCACUGUCAAACUUAGACAUUUAUUGUAGAGUUCAGAGCCAAUGAGGGAACACGUUUUAUUUUUGCUAGUAGUCGUCAUCAAAUCCUAAUUUUAUAUGAUAGCGCUUUGUUGUGUCGCGGACGGUUGUGGAAGUGCUGUUUUCUGCAUGAUGUUGGGAGGAGCCUUGUCUUCUGGGAAGCGACGGGGGGGAAAGAAAGGAACAAGUAAAGUCAUUAAAGGGACAGAGGCUAGAAACGAGUGUAGGUUUAGUUUUAGUGCACACGUCCUCGUGUGAUCAGAGUCGACGGCUUUAGAGCGUUUCGUCCUACUUGUAUUUUGGUUUUGUCAGAACUAAGAGGUGCAGAAAGGUUUUGUGAAAUAAUAUAGAGGGUUUUAUGCUCGUAACAAGGUGUCAAAAUCAAGUUAAGGCAGUUUUUUCUACUACUUAAUAUGUGCAGUAGUAACUUCAGUACCGGAAAAGGAUGAUGUUAGGAAGAACUAACAGCAGAUUGAAUAAAAUUUAAACAAAAAAACAUACCUAUGUUGAAACAACGUAGCAUAGUAAUAUAAUAAUAAAGGCAUUCUUAAUAAUAACCUGUAAGCAGGUAUAAUUGAUAAAUGCAGGCGAGAGAGCGAGAAAGCAGCCGAGGUAUGAGAAGAGGGGGGGGGUCACGGUGCAGCUGUGAAACGCCUGCAGACGGCCUGAAGUGAGGCUUUUCCCAACAUCACGUGGCAGCAAAUUCACAGGAAGUGAAAUGCAUAAUAAAGUAUAGUAGAAGAAGAA